AUGAAGCUCCUAAAAUAUCCCAGAGCUUUGCACAAUGGCCGGAUUGUGGCUUGUGCAUGUGUCGAUGAUAAAUUGGUGACUGCCGGUACAAGCUCGGUCAGUGUUUGGCCCUGUAGCGAUUUGGUUGGUGCUGCGAUGGACAAAACGCCGGCUAAAGAGGUACGAGAGAGCUUCGAAAUAUUACUCUCAGAUGGAAAAUCAGGCCCAUUGAAGCUCAUAGGUGGGUGCCCAACACAGCUCUAUGUGAGUUCUGAUCGCGCUGUGUUCUUUGCAAAUUCGUGGCUCGAGGCACGCGAAAAGUCUCAAUUCGAGCCUUUAUUCGAGGUUAAAUCCCCUGCAUGUAUUACAGACGUACAGCUAGAUACAUCUUUGCACCUGAUGUUUGUGCUGGUAAGCCAGGGUGUGGAAGGUAACUAUAUUGCACUACUCAGUACCGAAAACAAGCGCGAGGUUGACCGGAUUCCUCUAGGCGCGUCUCAGCCAGUUACUGGGGUAUUAGAUCCUCUUAGUCAAUUCUUUACUGUGGUUUGCGCUGACCGUAAUGUUUCGGUUUUUCAGUACAGUGCGUCCGGUAACUUUAAACUUCUGAAUAGGCUUUCGCACUACCUACAAGUCGACCCCCUCCGUUAUCGUAUCUCUAUGUCUCCACAGGCCGACAUUCUGCCCAUUCUAAACUCCGUCAGCGGAUCCACACCUGCUAUUUUGCUCUUAGACAGGAAAAACGGUUUUAAGUUGAAAUCAACAUUGGUUGGACAUUUUGACAAGUGCCAAGCGUUUCAGUUUUCUCCAAAACUCUACCAGAAAACUCUAAAAUCAGGCGCUAAAUCCACUUACAACUUGGCUGCCUCUUCUGGCUUUGAUGCAGGAAACAUCGUUAUUUGGAACACGAGGCGUUUGAAACCUCUUCUAAAUACAAAAUGCACAGAUGACUCCUAUGUGACAGAUUUGCAAUGGACAGCAGACGGUUUGGCCCUUUUUGCUACCACUAAUGAUGGAACUUUACUUAUAUUUGCCUUUCGUCCAGAAGAGUUAGGAGAAGUUCUUCCAGACAACGAAGUAACCAAACUGAGGUCUCAAAUUCCCACCCUUGAACCUCUUCCUGUUGUUGAAAAGCCUGUCAGCAGGGCCAACUCAAAAGCAAAUACACCGGCACAGGGGCCGUCAGGGAAUGUCACAAAGGUAAAUGAUAAAAAGAAAAUCGCCCCCACUGUUAUUCAAAGCACUUCGAUGGAAUUCAAUGCUCCCUCCUACAGCGUACCCAAAGAUCUGAAAAGGAAGCCGAAAGAUGCUGCACAGCAGCUUUCGACUAAAAAGCAGAAGCAUGACUUAGAACCUAUGGACUUUUUAGAUACCAAUCUUUUAAUGCCAUCUGUGUCGUUUUCGAAAAUGCGACUUGCUGCACCCAAAGUUCGGCUAUCACUCAUUUACAAGCCUACCGAAAACGAAGCAUUCUCGCUAAACGUGAAAAAUGGAUCUGGUAAUGAGCAAACGCCCACUAUACUCUCUCUCAAGCUUAACGAAUCUGGCCAAGAGAAAGUCGUUUUCGAGGAUUUCCUGCCGAAGCUAAUAACAAUUUGCACCGCCGGUGAAAACUUUUGGGGCUGCUGUAGUGAUGAUGGUACGAUUUACAUUUAUUCUGACUCUGGUAAGAAGUUGCUGCCUCCAAUGAUAAUGGGUGUUCCCAUAAGCUUUUUAGAAGCUUGUGGAAAGUUUCUACUGUGCUUGACAUCUAUGGGACAACUCUACUGCUGGGACGUUGAGCGUGCCGCACUGCAUUUUCCUCCCAACUCUGUGUAUCCGCUUCUGAGCCCGAAUCUACGUUUCUCGGAUGACGUCCUCACUAGAGCAGAGAAUAUCACAAUGUGUACAUUGACUCUUAAUGGGGUUCCGAUAGUCACAUUAAGCAACGGCGAUGGGUACAUGUUUGAUAAAGCAAUGGAAAGUUGGAUGCUCAUUAAUGACUCAUGGUGGGCUUACGGUUCUCAGUACUGGAAUACCACAAAAACCACUAUCGCUAGCACUUACGCAGAUGAUGCCGCUGACAAGCACGACAAGAAACACCAAAACUGGAAUUCGGAAGCCAAAGGUCUAUCAGAAGAGUUGAAAGAAAACAAAAAGAGCAUACUGAAUUACUUGGAAAGCAAAACUAAUGAUGAACUCAACCGGAAAGGCCGGGCCCGCGCCUUGCAAAAGUUUGCGAAAACAAUUUUAAUGAAGGAGGGAUACGAAAACUUAGAAGAAGUUGUAACAUUGUCCCACUUAGAAAACAAACUUCUUGUGUCCUUGCGUUUGGGCGAGAAUGAUGAAUUCCUCAAGCUAAUAGUCAUAUAUUGCAUUAGGUUGAGUGAGAUGGGUUACAGAGACCGUUUGGACGAUGUGCUUCAAUGGUUGUAUAAUGAUGGGGACUACAAAGUGAAAACAGUUGCUGGGGUGUCCGCUUAUGAGCUUCUCAAGAAGAUCAUUGUUGCAUGUGCCGACAUAAGGCAUGUACAGAGGGUCACAACCAGUUACGCUACUGCAAUUGGGCUGAUCAAUGAGUCAAUAAUAUAA